CUUGAGCCGAGGGACAGAGAGGGUGGGAAGAGGGAAAAUCAGAUCUGGAUAAUUGGAUAACAGAAACUCGCUCUGUCAAAGUUGGCGUCUUCCGUUGUGUUUAUUUGAAGGAUUUAUGCAGAACGGAGAAGUAACGAACGCGCGUAUUUCGGAGAUUAAUGACUUCUCCGGUUUUUGAUUGUUAAAAAAAAAAUCAUCUUAAAUUCAAGAAAAGGAGCCGUUCCUUAAGCGUUUGAUCUGUAAUCAUUAUAUGAAAUCUUGGUAUUAUAAUGACAAUAAGGCAAUAUAUGUCGCGUCAUAAUACUGCCACAACAUUCUAGCUCUUUCUUGUGGUAAAAUCAACAUGCAGACCAUCUUAGAUCACAGAAACAUCAAAAUACAGCCCGAGUAAUGGCUCCCUACUCCAGUCCGGAUUUUCCUUGUGAGGCGCGCCGGAGCCCUGGAGGUGGAUAAUCUGGUGGAGCCCGCUUCUCUCAUGCCAUGCUGGGCCACAAGGGCUCCGGGAGACGCUGCUACAUAUUACCGAGAACCGGGAUGGAGGAGAGGCGGAGGGGGGAAGAAAAAAGUUUCGCUUAAACCUGGCAGAGAAACUUUCAACAUGAAGCCUCACUGACGCGCCAUUUCACCACUACCACAGCAGCUAUAACAAGGCUUGCUUUUCCACUGAAUACAUUUUUCACCUCCCAGCUUGUGUUUUUCUCCCCUUCUUGUAUUAUUUUCUGUAUGCAAGGCUGGUCGGGGCUUGCUGUCACUGCGCGCUGAGAUGUUGGAGUGACGAUGGCUGCGCAAGUGGCAUCGGCUCCGACCAGAACUAAUAACAAAAACAAGGCACUAUCCAGCGGUUUGGGUCCGGAGCUCAAUUCGGGGAAAUCCGGAGGAGGAGGGACCGUACAGCGAACUGGACCGAUGCUGGGUGCCGGAGAUGGGACUCUUAAUAAUGUAGACCAUCACCGCGGAAACGAGCUCAAUAUGGUCCAUUCAACUUCCACGAGUCAUAACGGUCCGGACGGCCAUGACAAGGAUGGGAAUCAUCUCACGUCCGCCUCGGCGUCGACUAAUUCAAGCACUUCCUCGAUGGAAACUGGUUUGAUUGCGAACCACAAGCUGAAAUGUGUGGGAAGCGGAGAUCCCCCUCAGUCUCAACCGCCGCUACAGCCAGCGCAGUUCGGCCAAUUUGCGCCUCAUCAGCAGGGGCAGAUCCAAAGUAACAACACCGCAAAUAACAACGGCCAGGGGCCCCGUGGGGACAGAGGUAUGGAUCACCAACACCAUAGUGGCAAAGAGAACCUGCUGGGGGGGCAGGGGGAGCCUCAGCAGCAGCACUUGCCAGGGAAAAGUGAGGGGGACCUCACCUGUAAACCCGCGGAGAGAAUGAUGGGUACCAGGUAUGAACACUCUAACCUGGGCCCAACAGGUAACAACUCUGAGUUUAAUAACUAUUACACUCCAAGGCCCUGUUAUGAGCAACAUGGCGGACAGCAGCAACAAAGCAGUGGGAUGGGGAUAACACACUCAUCGGCACAUAACAGCAUGGAGAACUCUCACGAAGCAGAGUACCACAACAGCCAGUACAACCAGUACCCAGCGUACCGUGCGGGCUACAGCGGCGGGGCCUACGGGAUGAUGGGCCCCUCUGGAUACCGACAACCUGGGAACAUGAUGAUGGGCAACAACUCCUCAGCAAGCCACGUCAAGUCCCCUCUGGGAGCUGGUUCGGGUGGCUUUCAGAGGUUCCCCGGACAGACUCAGCAGCAGCAUCCCUCAGGGGCCACUCCGACCCUCAACCAGCUGCUGACAUCCCCCAGCCCAAUGAUGCGGGGUUAUGGUGGUGCGUAUCAAGACUACAGCGGCCCCACGGCGCAGCAGCAAGCCGGGAUGGGCCUGGGGAAAGACGUGGGGCCCCAGUAUGGAGCCACCUCGGCACACGGCUGGGGAGGACAGCAGAGAAACCACCCUCAUUCAGUGAGUCCAGGCAACGCAGGGCAAGGCCUCAGCAGGACGCAGGUGUCCUCCAUGGACUUCAUGGCUAUGAAGCGCUCGCAGCUCUACGGCAUGUCCAACAAUCCCUACUCCACCCCACAGCAGCCAGGGGGCGGGCCAUACCAACCUAGCCAGCCAUACACAUCACCUCCUCCACACCGAUAUCCAAUGAGCAUGCAGGUGAGGGGCCAAAUGAGCAUGGGCGGGAUGCAGUACCCACAGCAUCAGGUGGCGCCCUAUGGCCAGCAGGGGAUGGGGGGCUACAGCCAGCAGCAGGCUGGGCAGCAGGGAACCCCUCUGUACUUCAGCCCCCCUCAUCAGCCCCCUCCAGGUCCAACCCAGAACCCCUACCUGCAGCCCCGGCCACCACCGCAACAGGAAGCUCAGCAGGAGAAUUACAGCACCAGAGGUCCUGCCCCACGGAAUUCUGGGAAGGCAAAUGAGGAUGGCAUCUCCCAGGACCGCCCUUCCAGUCUGCCGGAUCUGUCCGGCUCGAUUGAUGACCUCCCCACUGGGACAGAAGUGGGACUGGGCUUGGCCGUGAGCGCUGGCGGCUCUUCCAGCAGCAGCAGCAGUAGUAGCCAAGUGGAGCACGGAGGCGCCAAUAAUCAGGGCCAGUCGCCUUUCUCCCCUCAUGCCUCCCCCCACCUUCCCAGCCAGAGGAGUGGGCCCUCUCCCUCCUCUGUGGGCUCCCCUGCAGGUUCCACUCAGUCCCAGCAGUCCCGGUCUGGCUCUGGACCCAUCUCUCCUGCCAGUGGACCAUCUGCCAACACCGCUGCACCAGGUUCAACCAUGGCCCCACAGAGCUCUGGGAAUGGACCAGAUGGAGUCCACACGCAAAUCUCCCGCUCACCUAUGGCUCAUGAUAGAGGGUUCAUGUCCACCAUGCAGAGGAACCACACUGGCUCCCAGUUUGCCUCUCCACAGUCUGGGACUCCUAUGUCCCCACACCCUUCACAUGGGGGCCCGUUAUAUCCCGGGAUGGGUCCCUAUUCCCAAAGCAGCCCCACAGGCCCUUAUGGACCUCAAGGAUCACAAUAUGGACACCAAGGAAACUACCCUCGGCCCUCCAACUACAGUGGGAGUGCCAGUACCAGCUACAGUGGCCCUGGCCCUGGCAUGACCAACAGUCUGGGGAUGAACGCCAGCAGCCCCAUGCAUGGCCAGGGGCCCGGCCAGCCCAUACCUGUAGGACGUAGCCAUGGCCCAGGCAGCCAGAACAGGGUGUACCCGCCCAUGGCUCCCAGCUCCCCCAGCAUGCCCCAGCCAGCUGGACCAGGAAUGCGUCCUCCUUCUUUGGGAGGUUCUAACCACAAAGUCAAGGAGGCAGCAGCAGUAGCUGCCGUGCCUGGAUCUGCCAACUCAGUGCACAACAGCUGCAGGCGACUUCCGUGUUUAUGGUCCUCAGUCCAGUUGCAGUCACCCCAGCACACCUGCACCCACUGGCCUGCACCCCAGCCUGCCUCUACCUGUGCACCACCUUCACCUCCACCCAGACCUCACCACCCACCUAUCCUGUCACCCUCACAUUUAGGGCACCAUAGGCAGGGCAGUCAUCAAUGCUCUGGCAUCAGCCAGGCAAGCACUAUGGCCUCCACUGUCCCCUACAGCCAGCCAGAGGGCAACAAAAACUCUGCCAUGAGCAACUCACAAGAUCCAGCCUACAAUAUGCCACCUUCAGCAGCAAUGGGAACGUCAGGAGACGACAUGAUGAGCCCAGAUGGGAAAGCGAAAUCAGACAUCAAAGACAGCAGAGGCCCCGCCAGUGAGCCUCACAAACAAAAGCUACACGAUGGCUACAGCAACAAUAAUAGCAGCCGCAGCUCCCACCACUGUGGAUCCCAACCACCCACACCAGGUGCUCCCCGCUCUCUCCGAGCCCAGCCAGCCUGUCCUCCUACCACGGAGAUGACAAAAACCAACCCGAACUCCUCCUCUCUCAGUGGGGAGCGAAUCACGCGGCUUUAUGAACUGGGUGUGGAGCCUGAGAGGCGUGGCUGGGUGGAACGAUAUCUGACCUUCAUGGAGGAAAGGGGCACCCCUGUUGCACAGCUGCCAGCUGUAGGCAAGAAGCCACUGGACCUGUGGAAGCUCUACAUGGCUGUUCGGGAGAUAGGAGGCCUCGCCAUGGUGAACAAGAACAAGAAGUGGAGGGAGCUGUCCACCACACUGAACGUUGGUACAUCGAGCAGCUCUGCCAGCUCGCUCAAGAAGCAGUACAUCCAGUACCUGUUUGCCUAUGAAUGCAAGAUGGACAGGGGAGAGGAGCUGCCGGCAGACAGCAGCAGUAGCAGUAGCAGUAUGGCUGGAGGGGACAACAGGAAGCAGGUCAAGAUCCAGCCGCCUUCACCUGCAAAUUCAGGCGGCUCCCUCCAGGGCCCACAGACGCCCCAGUCCUCUGGCAGCAGCUCAACAGUGGAGGCAGCAGGGGAGCUGAAACCCCCCACACCCGCCACUACCCCUCUGGGACAGGUCACACCACUGCCCCCCAACAGGAGCAUUGUGAACAUACAGGACCCCUUCUCAGAGGUGAGUGACCCCGCCUUCCAGAAGCGUGCUCCCUCUCUGCCCCCCUCAGCGUCUUACCAGCAGAGCCUCAGUAUGCCUGACAUGAUGAUGAGGAUGCAGUACGAUGCCAAGGACCCCUUUGCCGGGAUGAGGAAGAUGGCAGGAGCUGACCCCUACAUGCCAGGCCAGAUGCCCAGUGGUGGUAUGCAGGACAUGUAUGGUCGACCCCCAUCUGCCCUGAGCAUGAACCAAAGGUCACAGUAUCCGUAUGGACCAGGCUAUGACAGGAGACCGGACCAUGUCAUGGGGAUGGAGGGUAGCAUGGGUCCCCCUGGGAGUCAGAACAACCUGGGGCCUUCCAACAGUGAGGGCAACAUGUACUCUCCCAGCAGAUACCCUUCACAGCAGAGACAUGAUGGCUACGGUCAGCAGUAUCCCGGUAUGCCAUAUGGGAUGCAUCCAUCUGGGAUGUACCCACAGCAGCAGGGUUACAAACGGCCCAUGGACAGUAUGUAUGGUCCCCCACCCAAGAGACAUGAGAGUGACAUGUAUGCCAUGCAGUAUGCCAACCAGCAGCCAGACAUGUACAACCACUAUGGUGGUGGGUACUCAGGUCCUGAACACAGACCCAUCCAGGGACAGUUCCCCUACCUUCGAGAUCGAAUGGCCUCCUCAGGACAGAGCCAGAACAGUAUGAUGGGCGGGGGCCCUACUCCCAACCAUGCAAUUGAUGGCCCCAACAUGUGGCCAGCCAGGACAGAACCCAACUAUCCCUACCCCAACCGUCAAGGGCCGCCAUCUCAAAUGCCACCUUAUGGGUCGGUUGGUAGAGAUGACAUGGACUGCCGGCCUGGGCAGGAGCAGUGGCACCGUCAGCCUCCCUACAUGUCAUCAUCAGGGGGCAUGCUUCCUCUGUCUUCACGCCAGCAUUCAUCUUACUCCAACUCCCCAUCCAUGGCAAACCACCUACCCAGAGCACCCAGUCCAGGGUCCUACCAGCGCUCCAUGGACUCUCGGAUGUCACCCAGCAAAGCACUGUUCAUGUCACCCAUGAAGAUGCCUAAACCUGGAAUGGCCAUGAUGGGAUCACAAGCAGGAGUACCCCUUGGUCAGUUUCCUCCCAACCUCAGACAGGACCUGAACUACCCUCCAGGAUCAGUGGAGGCCUCCAUGCCGAUUCUGAAGCCUCGACGCAAGCUUACCUCCAAGGACACUGGUAAGAUAGAGCCCCAGUAUUUUAUGAGUCAACAUUUUGAACAGGAAUUACAAUUAUCUCCUCUGAUCAGUGUCCAUUAUAUCAUUUGGUAUGAUGACAGCACUGUGGCCUCCUUCAGCCUCUCUCAGUUGCCUGGCUUCCUUGAGCUCAUCGUAGAGUACUUCCGCCGAUGCCUCAUAGAGAUCUUUGGCAUCCUGGAAGAGUUUGAGGUAGGGACUGUAGGUCAUAAAAGCCUUUUGGAGCCUACUUCUAACCAGAAAAAAGAACCCAUCCCUAACCAAGAAACAGACUCAACUGUCCACCCUGAACCUGAGCCCUCCUUGGCAGCAGAGAUGCAAGUACAGGAAGCUCCUCCCUUCACUGCAGAGCCAGUGUCAGCUGAGGUGAAUGGUGAGAUAGAGGAGUCUGGGGUGAGUGAAAAGAAGGAUGACAAGAAUGAAGUAGAAAGAGAAAAAGAGCGGAAAGAACAAGACAAGAGUGACAAUGGAGCAGAGAGUAAAAAAGAGUCUGCAGACCAGCCUGUCACACAGCUGGAACCUAAACCUAAACAAGCCAGCAAAUAUGACAAGCUCCCCAUCAAGAUCAUCCACAAAGAGGAUCUGAUUGAAGACACAACAGAGCACUUAGGUUAUGUCACUGAGUUUACCAGCGGGCUGCUACACUGGUAUGCUGGUGGAGGAGACUCCACCGCACACAUUCAGACACACUUUGAACCCCAGACUGAACCACUUGUCAGAACAAAUGAGAAAAUAAGACAAGAGAACAAACAGGAAAAUAAGGUGGACAAUGAAAAGAAACAACCAGUGAAACAUAUCACUGCUACUAUUGAUGAUGUUCUAUGUGCUCGAGUGGAUGCCCUGUCUUACGCCCACCCAGCGCGCUCCUUGCCAUCCUACCCCUUCAGGGUGCAUCCAGAUGGGGAGCAGGACCACAUCACCUUACUGGAGGAUGAGCCCCGCUGUCUAGAUGAGGCGCCGCUCUACACAGUCUCUGCAUGGCAGAACUCACUGUCGAGGCGGUGCCUCUGCAUCUCCAACAUAGUUCGGAGUCUGUCUUUUAUCCCGGGGAAUGACUCAGAUAUGUCACACCACCCUGCGCUAGUUCUUCUUCUGGGUAGGCUGCUCCUGCUGCAUCACCAGCAUCCUGAGAGGAAUAGUUCACCCAUGAGCUACCAAAAAGAUGAACAGCAGGAGCAGGGGUUGUCGAGUAGCAAAGAGGAGUGGUGGUGGGAGUGUCUGGGUCUGCUCAGAGAGAAUGCCAUGGUUACUUUGGCCAACAUCUCUGGCCAGCUGGAUCUUUCUACCUAUCCAGACACUAUCUGCCUCCCCAUCCUGGAUGGCCUUCUCCACUGGAUGGUGUGCCCUUCAGCUGAAGCCCAGGAUCCCUUCCUGUCAGCAACACCCCACUCCCAGCUGACUCCUCAGAGGCUGGUGCUGGAGUGCCUCUGUAAGCUGAGCAUCCAGGAUGGCAACGUUGACCUACUGCUAGCUACGCCACCUUUUAGCCGACAGGAGAAACUCUUCACUGUCUUGGUGCGUUAUGUGGGUCAGAGGAAAGCCCAGGUGUACAGAGAGAUGGCGGUGGCUGUCCUCUCCCACCUGGCACAAGGAGACCCCACAGCGGCACGUGCCAUAGCAAUGCAGAAGGGCAGUGUGGGUAAUUUGGUAGGGUUCUUGGAGGAUGGUGUUAGCAUGGCACAGUACCAGCAGAACCCUCAUAGCUUGCUGCAUAUGGGACACCCGCCUAUGGACCCACCUAGCAUAAACAUGAUGUGUAGGGCCGCUAAAGGCCUGUUGGCCAUGGCUAAAGUGGAGGAGAACAAGACAGAGUUUGUGCUAUACGAAAGCAGAUUGUUAGACAUCUCCAUUUCUUCGGUCCUGAGCAUGGGAGUGGUGGCCGUUAUUUGCCAAGUUCUCUUUCACCUAGGGAAAUUAUGACAGGACGAGAAGCAGGACUCACUCAGCAGACACUAAGGCGGAUAUUUCUUUGCUUUUCUAUUUUUAUUUAUCAAAACGACAGAAAAGUUUGUUGUGUUUUUUAAAGAAAUAUCCACAUAAAAUAUCUCUAUAUAUGUAUAGCUUCUGGGCCCUGUUAAAAAAGUGGGUUUGGGAUUUGAAAGCUGAUUUUAAUACAAAUAUUUAAUACCUGCUGGUGUCAGAUUGCUGCGUUUGAUAUUUUGUUUGCAUUUGUUUUUGUUUGUUUACUUUUUUUCAGCCAAAGCUGCCACCAGAAUUUGGUGCUCAAUUAUGUGGUUCCUUUUGAGUCCGAGUUGUUGAGAUGUUUUUCAGUUUUAUAAAGGCUAAUAUACUCAUCAACAUUUUGUUAAUGGAGAGUAUUUAUUUGAAAUGUGACACUGUACAGUAGUUGGAACUUUUUUGCCAACAGUUGUGGAGAAAAAAACACUGACCUUUUAAAGUUAAAUGUAUAAGCCUCCAUCGCUGGAAGAUAAAUUGUGCAAUAGGACUCAAAAACGUUGUCCCUAUGAGAACAAGUUGUAAAUCUUUGAAGACACCUGCAGUGUGUGUUUUAGGCCAUGGGGAGGCAGCAUUCCACCAGCCAAUCCACAUGAGAAAACAGCAUCUGUCAGAAUUGUCUAAUUUAUCAAUCAUAGCCUCAACAGAUGAACUUUGUGUUUCCUAAGCACUUGUGUUAUGUCUGUAUUUUUUCAUCACUGUGUAUAUAAACCGUUGUACAAUAGACGCACAUGAUUCUUUCAUUCUGAGUCAAGCAUUGCAAAAGAUGGGACUUUCUGACUAUUACAGCAAAUGCUUUUAUUGUUGGUCAAAUUUGUUAUUGUUAUUAUACAGAUUUUGUUAAAGGGGUCAAAUAUUUGAACUGAUGUAACAGAUGUUUCAAUGUAAAAAAAAAAAAAAUCCUGUAUGCAUUGUAUUAUAGCUGAGAAAACAAUCGCUUUGGUAAUCAAACGUGGAAGUGCUGGGGUGAGAGAAUAUCUAUGUGAGGUUAUAUAAGAAAACUGAACACAGUUCUGUUCUUUAUUGUCCUCCCUUCAUGUCAAAGGACAUAUUUUUGAAUCUAGAUAAUGCUCUAAAAGAAAAGUGUUAACAGAUUCUUCAAAAUGUCCUGAAAGUCCACUGUAAAGUUUGCCUUUUUUCAUAUGACCCCAUGUCUCUCUUUUAUUCAGUAUACACAUUUAUACUCUGUGCUGCACAUGUCACAAAUAAAUGUACGAUGAACAUCGUUAAGCACCGAGACUUUGCAUUAUGUCCAGACAAUCCUAGGCCAAUAAAGCAAACAUCAGCUGCUUAUAUGGACUGCCUUUCAUUGAUUCCAAAUAAUGUCAUCACAGUCACAAAUGCCUCCUCCAGCUCACAGUGAAAACAAUACACAACAGUCCAGAGGACCCUUGAUAAAGACGAUAUGACUGAGAUGUUUAUCUGGCUGAUUUGCUUGAGUGCAAAUGUUUCAGUUUAAAAAUAACAAUGGCUGCUAUUCAGGUAUCAUUUCAGUUUUUUUGUUAGUGUCUCCUUUUCAGUGAUGUCUGAGGAGGAGCAACCUUAUGUAUCUGAAUGUUAAAUUAUAGUUUUUACCUGCUAUGGAUGCAGUUUCAUAAAUUUA